GACCACCUGGACCACCAGGGCCACCAGGCAAACGGGGGAAACGUGGCAAGAAGGGCGAUCCUGGCGAAAAGGGUGAUCCGGGCAUAAAUGGCGUCGAUGGCGAGAAGGGUGCUGCGGGCAGACCGGGCGACAAAGGUCAAAAGGGUGAUGUUGGCCAUCCGGGCAUUGAUGUCUUUCAAACGGUGAAGGGUUUGAAACGAUCGGUAACCACGUUACAUGGCGGCACUUUAGGUUAUGCUGAAAUUGUUGCUGUCAAGGGUUUACAAGAAGCCGGUGUAAAUGUGUCGGCCGCCACUGUCUUACAGCUGAAGGGUGAACCUGGCGAACCAGGUCCACCUGGACCACCCGGACCACCUGGUGAGCCAGGCGCACCUGGCUUGAAUGGCGGACUUGGUCCUGCUGGCGAAACUGGACCACCAGGAUCUGCUGGACCACCUGGCGAACCUGGACCGAUUGGGCCACCUGGCGCGCCGGGCAUAAUAGGACCUAAG